AUGGCCAACGCUCCCCACGGUGGUGUCCUCAAGGACUUGCUUGCCCGCGAUGCUCCCCGCCAGGCUGAGCUCGCCGCCGAGGCCGAGACCCUCCCCGCCGUCGUGCUCUCCGAGCGCCAGCUGUGCGAUCUCGAGCUGAUCAUGAACGGUGGUUUCUCUCCUCUCGAGGGUUUCAUGAACCAGAAGGACUAUGACGGUGUUGUCGAGAACAACCGCCUUGCCGAUGGCAACGUCUUCUCCAUGCCCAUUACCCUCGAUGCCUCCCAGAAGACCAUCACCGAGAACAAGCUCAAGGCUGGUUCGCGCAUCACCCUGCGUGACUUCCGUGAUGACCGCAACCUGGCCAUCCUGACCAUUGACGACAUCUACCGCGCCGACAAAGAGAAGGAAGGCAAGCUCGUCUUCGGCGGUGACCCCGAGCACCCGGCUAUCAAGUUCCUGAACGAGUCCGUCCAGGACUUCUACAUUGGUGGAAAGGUUGAGGCUGUCAACAAGCUGAACCACUACGACUAUGUCGCUCUCCGCUACACUCCCGCUGAACUGCGCGUUCACUUCGACAAGCUGGGCUGGUCCCGCGUUGUCGCCUUCCAGACCCGUAACCCCAUGCACCGUGCUCACCGUGAAUUGACCGUCCGCGCGGCCCGCUCUCGCCAGGCUAAUGUCCUGAUCCACCCCGUCGUCGGUCUCACCAAGCCCGGUGACAUUGACCACUUCACCCGUGUCCGCGCUUACGAGGCUCUCCUCCCCCGUUACCCCAACGGCAUGGCCGUCCUGGGUCUUCUGGGUCUGGCCAUGCGUAUGGGUGGUCCCCGUGAGGCCAUCUGGCACGCCAUUAUCCGUAAGAACCAUGGUGCCACCCACUUCAUUGUCGGCCGUGACCACGCCGGUCCUGGUUCCAACUCCAAGGGCGAGGACUUCUACGGCCCCUACGAUGCCCAGCACGCCGUCGAGAAGUACAAGGAUGAGCUCGGCAUCGAGGUCGUCGAGUUCCAGAUGGUCACCUACCUGCCCGAUACCGACGAGUACCGCCCCGUCGACCAGGUUCCCCAGGGCGUCAAGACCCUGAACAUCUCUGGCACUGAGCUCCGCCGCCGCCUCCGCUCCGGUGCCCACAUCCCCGAGUGGUUCUCCUACCCCGAGGUUGUCAAGAUCCUCCGCGAGUCUAACCCCCCUCGCGCCAGCCAGGGUUUCACCAUCUUCCUGACCGGUUACAUGAACUCCGGCAAGGAUGCCAUCGCCCGCGCUCUCCAGGUGACCCUGAACCAGCAGGGUGGCCGCUCCGUCUCCCUCCUCCUCGGUGACACCGUCCGCCACGAGCUCUCCUCCGAGCUCGGCUUCACCCGCGAGGACCGCCACACCAACAUCCAGCGCAUUGCCUUCGUCGCCUCCGAGCUGACCCGCUCCGGCGCCGCCGUCAUCGCUGCCCCUAUCGCCCCCUACGAGGCCUCCCGCAAGUACGCCCGCGACGCCGUCUCCCAGAACGGCUCCUUCUUCCUCGUGCACGUCGCCACUCCCCUCGAGCACUGCGAGAAGACCGACAAGCGCGGCAUCUAUGAGGCUGCCCGCCGCGGCGAGAUCAAGGGCUUCACUGGUGUCGAUGACCCCUAUGAGGCUCCUGAGAAGGCCGACCUUGUCGUCGAUGCCUCCAAGCAGACCGUUCGCUCUAUUGUUCACGAGAUUAUUCUCAUUCUUGAGAGCCAGGGCUUCCUUGAGCGUCAGUAG